AUGUCCAACCCAGGCGAUCCCGGCUGGAAAUGGUUCCCCAACGACAAAGACUCGUGGCGCCUCGACGUCGUCUCCCUUCUCGCAGUCAUUGGCGAGUCCGCCAUCGGUGAACAUGCACAAACCAUCACGGCCUCGAUGCUCUGCAUGCUGCCUCGUCUCCUGCCUGCACCUCAAGCUCUUCUGAAGCCAUCACGCCCUACGCGUUUGCCAGAAACGCACGCCAAGAUGGCUGGAGUCGAGAGCGGCACGGUCCUGGACUCGGUGGGCUUCUUUGCCAACAUCAUCCUGCCCCUGGAGGAGCUGGUCCCCUACGAUUUCGUCGAGCUGGACAUCAGACAUGCGGCGGAUGCACAGCCGUUGGAGGAGCUAAAUCAGCCACAUCAAGGCCGUGGCUUCAUCGCCAGGGCCAUGUCGUUGGUUCGCAAGGCCGAGCCCUUUUCCGAGGGCAUGUCCCCAAGUGAAGAAAAGCAGGACGCGGAGCAUCGGGGAAUGACUUCGUCCACAGACCGAGACAUCGAGGAAGCUCGCCACCCUUCCGCAAGGCACUCAACAGACCCAAAAGUCCACUUUGACCCCAGCGUUGCCAGUGGAAACGACCCUCACGAUGUCCAUCCCGGAAUCAUACGCCGACGAACCAACACCGAGGUGGUGCAAGACCUGCUCUCAGCCAGAACCAUCGCCAUCAAGGGCAGACGGCCCAUUGUUCCACCAAAACUCUUCUCCCCUCUCCACAUCCUGUCUGCCUUUUCAUGCCUUCUCAGCAUCGGCAUCCUCAUCGCCGCCGUCUUUUGGCAAGACGGCACGGCCAUCCUCUCCAUCGUCCUCGUCUCCUUUGUCUCCACCGUCAUCGGCUAUGCUUCUUCCUGGCGGCCGAUUCUGAUGCAGCGUCGCCACACUAACAAGGUGCCCAGCGGCGACGUCAUGAUCCGCACGCGCGAGGGCGCCUUUGUCCUGGUUCGCUGCUCAGAAGACGUGGCUCGCGAGCUCUACUCCGGCACGGAAGAAUGCGAAUACUAUGUCGGCGAGAAGAUUUACAGGCUAUGCAUGGCGCUCGGCACAAUCCUCCUCAUGUUUGGAGUUGUGCUCCUCGGCAACUGCACCUGGAACUCGCAAAUCUUCAUCGGAGGCUCGUACAUUGUUCUCAACGGCCUGUACUGGGGACUGGGCAUGCUGCCCCUCAAGUACUUCUGGGAUCUUUCACGCUAUAACUGCAAAGACAUCACACAAAAGGACAGCAAAAACGCACACGGCGUCACCAAUUCCAAUGAUGAGCGUGAAGGACACCCCAGCUUCACACGCACCCUGUGGUACGCCAUACGCGAGACAAAGUCGAUAGGAUGGGUCGAGCGAAGCGGUGCCGCGCCCGGAACGCCGCAGUGGAAGCAGUGGCUGAGCGAGGCGCUCAAGAAUGCACAGGACGGAGUUCGUGACUGGCCAGCCGUGAAGAGAAAGAACGAGAUCAUGUCUGGAGUGACUGACCCGGCGGAGCAGAAAGCGCCAUUGGAUGAGGUGCAGCCUCCUCCGCAUUCAAAGCCGGGGCCCAAUGGCUCUACCUUUUGAAGAGGAGUGAUUUUAUAAACGACGAUGAAGUCGAUGUGACGCUUUUUGAUCAGUUUGACCGUCUUUCUGCUCUCGCUGUCAUUGUUCAUUUGAAGCCGAGCCCUUUUACCAUCACCUCGCAUCUCCUUUCGUGUUUGAGUUUGGCAUAGCGGUGGAAUACGUAAGCGCGCGGAAUUACGAAACAAAUGGUUUUAUACUUUUAUGGGAUAUAUGAUGACUUGAUAGAUACCACCUUAUCAUUGGCAAUGAUUUGAAGUUUUAGGCAUGGAUGGAAGAUAAUGUGAUUUGCAUAGAUAGAUUCAGACUAAGCAAGCGAACAAACUUGGCAGAGUUAAAGGCGUUUUAUAAUAUUACACAUUAUCAC